CGUGCUUCUUACGUGAAUGAUAGCGAGACAGACGGUCGGUAUCACACUUUCCCGUGCAGACCAAAUGGUAACCUCACAACUGUCUCGGUUCUGCUAAAACAAAUAGUUAAUGUUUACAGUUUCCUGUGGCUUGUAGACAUGGACAUUGACAUCCUGUAGAAUGAACAGAACAAAAGCGACCCGGGGAAGGACCGUUUUAAAAGGUAUUCCGAUCGAAAGACUUCUCGAGGAUUACACAGAGUGCCGCUGCCGGAGACAUCGGAUCUUAUAUAAAACUGAUGGCUCAUCUAAACGUCGGCCAUGAAUAUGCUUCAUUCAGCAGAGGUCUCGAAAGUCACCAUCAGCAAAGAAGUCGAUCUGUGAAAAUCAUAUUUAACCUUUUAUUUUGUCAGUAGUUUAAAUAAAUGCGUCGUGUUUGGAUACUCGUUUGUGAUUUCAAAAUAAACCCAACGAACUACUUUUCUGCAGUUUUUAAACGUAACGUUACGUUUUUUUUGUUUUACUUUUCAACUUGAAAUGCUAACACUGCUAUAUGUGUUAUGUAUUAUUUUGGCAGAAGUUAGACACCUUACUUUUGCUUUACUGAGAAAUGAACCACCAGUCAUUUAAAGGUUGUCUUGGGCCUAGCAGUGGUGAAUGGGAAAUGAAUUGUUUACCGGAGGAGUGUAUAUAAAUAUUUAGCCUUGUCUCCUAAUAUUGAAUUUCUCCAAUAUUCCGAGAUCGUGUUGUAUUAAAGGUGGGGUUUUUGUUAAUUAACUGAAAACACGACUGCAUCAGGUUAGAUGUAAUUUUGGAUUCCAUGCUUUCGAACAGAAUCCUAUACGCUCCUGUUUUGCCGCUUUCCUAAAAAUAAUUAGAAUUUAAUGUGGAGUAGCAGAAAAUGGAUUCUGGGAUUCAAAAUCAUGCCGAACAUUAUGUGCACGACCUCUCUAACCCGACCGCACCGGGUUUGUGUGCGGAAAUGCUCGGGGUGGCGGACGAGGCGUGCCGGGCAGGAGACUUCGAUCUGGCCGCAGAGAUAUAUUCCUCUCAGCUAGCCGAGCUUGAGCACACCGACCGUGGCCUCUGUCUGCGGAAAGCUGAUGCCCUGGCCCGAGGGGGACGCAUAGCCGAUGCACUGGACUCAUACUGUAUCGCUGCAAAUCUUCAGGCACUGAGACCCAAUGAAUUGCAGGUUUUAGUUGAAGUUAUAGCGCAUACUAUACGUACAAAAGAGCAGUGUGACAGUAAGACAAUAAGCGUGGGUUCUUACUCAGAAAACAGAUGUUUUGAAAGUGACGAGUUAGAUGAAGAGCAGAACUUAGACUUGUUUUCAUGUCGCCUUUGCAAGUGCUUGUUAAUGGAUCCGACGACUUUGGUGUGUGGGCACACUUUCUGUAAGCGCUGUCUGGAAGAUGACUUGUCAAAAGAGUGCAGAAGCUGUCGUUUGAAAACGAACAAAUCACCAAGAGAAUUAAAUGUGGACGGACUCAGAGUAAAUGUUAUUGUCAGUGGCUUGAUUGACAAGUGGUUCAAUUCGGAAAGCAAAGCGAGACGAUACUGGUUGGAAGGGGAAAUUCUUUGGAAAAAACGAGACUUAUCCAACGCCAUACUGAAGUUCAACGAGGCCAUGGCACUAGAGCCCUCUAUAUGUAGACUCCUGGCUCGGCGAGCAGAGCUGCUUAUGGAAAUGACGAAUUUCAGCCAAGCAAUCAAGGAUGCAGACACCAUGUGCCGACUCCGUCCCCUGUGGCCAAAGGCUCACUACAUUAAGGCUGCAGUGUUCAGGGGCGCCGGACGCAGUGAAGAGGCUCUACAGGAGUAUUUCUACUGUGUGGCUCUGAAAUCUGACUGGAUUGCUGUAAAACUAGAGGCUCAGAAGAUCCUGAGUCACAUGUUCUCAUCAGUCUUUGUGAAUGAGGGUCUGGCUACGUUCCUGCAACCCCUUCCGGCUGGCCCCUCCCCUCGUAUCAAACCCUCAUCCCUCCUCAGUUCUCUUCACUCCUCUCUUCCUAGAGAUGGAGCCAAAGCAGGCUCCUCCAAGGAACCAACACUCAGUUGCAGUAAUUUCAAAGAUGAGAGAACUUCAAUUUUAAAAAGAUCUGAAAACGUAAAAACUGUUGGCCUCUCUUCACUUUUUGUUCCACCCGUCCAAAAAAGGAAAUGGACAGAAGAUGCUAAGGACUUUGAGCCACCCAGCAAACACCUUAAAGAAAACAAGGCGACUUCAUCCGAAACUCUCCAUACUUUUUCUCGGGAAAGGCUAGUUCCAUCACAGCUUUUGGACAGUGCAGACUUUGAAUGUUCUCUCUGCAUGAGACUGUUUUAUGAGCCUGUCACCACACCCUGUGGACACACUUUCUGCCUCAAGUGUUUGGAGCGCUGCUUGGACCACAACUCUAACUGUCCCCUAUGCAAGGAGAACCUCUCUGAGUCUUCUAGGCAGUUGCCCAUCCGCAGUUGCCCAUUUCAUCAAAAUGUUUGCAGUCUGCAAACAUUUUUGGAAAAAAGGGGAGUCAUUCUGAAGAGCUCAGUGAAUUCCAGCAUGGUACUGCGAUAGGAUGCCACCUUUGCAAUAAUUCAGUUUGUGAAAUUUCAUCCUCACUAGAUAUUCCACUGUCAACUAUAAGUGGUAUUAUUGGAAAGUGUAAACUUUUAGGAACAGCAGCAACUCAGCCACAAAGUGGAAGACCAUGUAAUAUCACAGAGUGGGGUCACAGAGUGAAAACUCUGCUGAUUCUAUAGAUGAAGAGUUCCAAACUUCCACUGGCAUUAAUAUCAGCACAAAAACUGCACGACAGGAGCUUCAUGGAAUGAGUUUCCAUGGCUGAGUAGCUGCAUGCAAGCCUUACAUCACUAAGUACAAUGGCAAGCAUCAGAUGGAGUGGUGUAAAGCACACUGCCACUCUGAGCAGUGGAAACCCCUUCUGUGGAGUGACUAAUCAUGUUUCUCUGUUUGGUAGUCUGAUGGGAGAGUCUGGGUUAGGCGGAGCUGCAUUGUGCCAACUAUAAAGUUUGGUGGAGGAGGGAUAAUGGUAUGGGGCUGUUUUUCAGGGGUUGGGCUAGGCCUUACUUACAGUGAUGGAAAAUCAAAGUGCUUCAGCAUACCAAGAAAUUUUGGACAAUGCUAUGAUUCCAACUUUGGAGAAGGCCCUUUUCUAUUCCAGCAAGGUCCAUAAAGACAUGGUUGGAUGAGUUUGGUGUGGAAGAAAACAUCCCCAUUGAAUACCUUUGGGAUGAGCUGUGUAACACUAUAGAGAUUGUUCCCUCAGAACACAUCAUGUUCAAGAUAUCAAAAAUCCGCUCACAAUUUACCAUCUUCAAUGUCUUGACUUCAUGCUGACCGAGUUUGGUGACGAUUGGAUGUAUCACCUAAGAGAAGUAUAUCAAAUUCCAGAGCGUGCGUUUCCAAACAACCCAUAAUAGCUGACUUCCUGUUGGGCUGGCGUAUAACUUUGAGCAUGAAAGUUGUUAGGCCUGAUGAGGCCUACUGUAUGUAUGUAUGUAUAGAGUUUCAUUCAUAUACGUGCAAGUGUGUUUGAUAUAUGGACCAAGUUUUCGGACCUCAUUCAAGGGGGCGCUGUCGAGACCUCUGCUACGCCUGGGUACCAGCUUCUGCAAUAAGAAUGAAAAUGCGUUUAUGAAUUAUACAGACUACAUGCGUUUUUGGGUUAAAAAUGAAAAUAACAAAAUGGCUAUAGCUAUUAAUUAACAGUAUUAGCAAUGUGCUAACUAAACACGUUCAGGAAGACAAUUUGCAAACAUCACAAAAUAAAUAUAUAUGAAAUUGGAUCAGUUGGUAUCAAUCCAUCUUUAAAAAUCAAUUUCUGUGCAAAUCCUGUGUUUUACUGAUGAUCGUAUGAAGCAUUCUAGUGUUAAUUACUUACACAUACUGGUAUAUGAAUUUAUCUAGCCAUAUUCCCUUCAUAGAUAAAAUAAAACCAUUGCAUUCUUAGUGGCUCAGAUGCCAGGGAAUUUAUGGAGACUCAUAUAUUUGCCAUUAUAGUCGUUAACAGAUCAGUGAUAAUGUUUACAUAGCUGAGACAUAUCACAAGCUCGGGGACGGCGUUCUUGAGUGCUGCUGUCCUGCAGAGUUUUGCUCUGACACAGCUCGCCUUCCUUCACGUAGCUUUAGUAAUCCUGAAGACAUUUAAGUGUGUUUGAUCAGGGUUGUAGCUAAACUGCCGGACAGCUGCUGCUGCACUGCUGGAGCAGUGUUACUCGUCACUUACGAAAACAAUGGCGGCGCAGUGGGUGGAAACAUACAGAUUCAUGGGGCGGUAAUAUUAUAAUAAGUUCCUCUUCCUACCUCACAAGGAGAGCGAAAUCAGAACGGCUCCUUUUUUCACAUGCUUGUAGAAAAAGGUUUCUUAUUGGCAAUAAUUAUUUUAUCUAUAA